AUGUCGGAACGGGGAGAGGAGUCUACACUCCAAGAGUACGAGGAGGACCAGGGAGAUCACGAGACAGACACCACGGAGCGAGAAACCGACCCUCGAGUGUCGUGGGUGUACCGGCUGAGUAAGGAGGAAGCGGUCAACUACCUGGAGAGUCUUGGCCUGUCGGCAGUGGGGACUCUGACGGAGCUGAGGAGGAGGAUGGUUGAACACCAUCGGUCCCGGACCGCUGCGACCUCUCAGACUCGCCGGGACGAUGCUAUCCCAGGCACAAGCCGUGUCUACUCCGAGCCGUCCCUCCACAACAGAGUGAAUCGACCAACAGGUAUAGAGCCGGCACCACACCGCUCUUCAGGCACGUAUAGUCAGGGCGCUGUAUGUGAUAAGGUAAGAAGUUGGAAUUUACGUUUUGAUGGUGUAUCAGAUGCUCCCAGUUUUAUCGAGAGGCUCACUGAACUUCAGAGCGCAUAUGGGAUAUCCGGGGAACAAUCUCUUAUAGCCCUACCAGAGCUGAUGGAGAGAGGGGCCCUACUCUGGAUGCGGAAUCGUCGCUCCCAGUGGAGGACGUGGGCUGACUUUGUAGAGGCGUUUAAACUCCGAUACUAUCCCCAUACUUAUAGUGACGAUCUUGAAAGUCAAAUCAUUGCAAGGAAGCAGAGGGAGGGCGAACCGGCUGAUGAGUAUGCCGAAGCCCUACUCACUUUAAUGAGGAGAUUAGGAAGUUACGACGGGGAUAGGAUAUAUCAGAGGGUGUAUCAGAAUUUAUUACCCAGAUAUAAGUUACAUGUCCGAAGUGUAGGAGCCCAAAACAUAGACCAGCUGUUAGAUAUAACUAGGGAAUAUGAGGCAAUCCGUGCUGAGGAAAAACACUCUAGGUUGUCCUCACGGAAUACUAAAAUCGAGGACAAUAAACGGGGAGAAAAUUCAGCUAAGGCAACUACUAAACCACGGGAGACUAAAGUGAUAGAAGAGAGUAGUACUAGUCAGGGUCCUGUGUGCUGGAAUUGUAAAAAGACAGGACAUUGGAGGUCAACUUGCCCCGAGCUUUCUAAGUGUAAGGAAUGUGGGAAAAAUCAUGAUCAGUGUAACUGUAAGUCCCAGAGUAAAAGAUCGUCGGGAAAUUCAGUAAUUCAUUCAACAAAGAUUUUAAGCCCCAGAACCGUGUCAGGAGAUACACGGACUUUCAUUGAUGUGAGUUUGGCGAACCAGAAAUUUGUCGCUUUGAUUGAUACAGGAUCGGAAAAAUCCUACAUCAGUACACAAGUUCUGAGAGCAUUAGAACGUGAGGGGUCAGUAAAGAAAGAAAACUGCACACAUAAAGCGAUACUCGCUGAUGGGAAGUCUGCUCUCCUCUCGAUAAAAGUUUUUACCCAAUUGAAAAUAGAAAAUAUUUCUGUUUCUUUCCAGGCUGUAGUGAUGGAAGGCCUUAAGCCUGACGUGUUGCUAGGAGUGUCAUUUAUGAUUCAGCAUAAUUUAACUAUCAAUAUGAGGCAUAAUAGAGUAGAAUGGGAACCAGAGAUAGUGGGAGCUAUACGUGGUAGUAAGAGUUCAGCGAAUACUUCUAAGGUGUCGACUGUAGCUGCCGUUAGACCAAGUAGGGAGGUCGGAGAUAACGGGGUGUACAUGUACGUAGGAGUAGAGGGGGUGGACCUGAAUGCCGCUAUAGAUACCUCAUCUCAAAAGUCAUACGUUUCUAGUGAGAUCGCGAAACGUCUUAAGAUAGAAGGAGAGACCACUUUACCGGUCACUGUAUGUGGCAAGGAGUAUAAGUGGCAAGUGUCAGUUGUCCCAGAUAUUGAACCUCGUAUGAUUUUAGGAGUGGAAAAUCUGCGUAAGAUGGGAGCUGUAUUAGAAAUGCAACCCCAGGGAGUCCGAUUACGGAGUAGGGAAGGGGAAGGUAGGUUAUCAGUUGUCUCUGAGCAGGAGAAAUUCGAUAAUUUUCUGGAAGAAGAAAUCCGGAAAUUCUCUUCACUCCCAGGACGGACCCAUAUCUUGAAACAUAAAAUAAAACUCCAGGAAGGAGUUGAACCCUUCAGACUUCGUCCCUAUCCCAGGAACCCUAUCAUGCAAAAAGUGAUCGAUGAGGAAGUCGAUACAAUGCUUGAACAGGGAGUCAUAGAACCCAGCUGUAGCUCGUGGAGUUCUCCUAUCGUAUUAGUAAAAAAAUCGAAUGGGAAAAUAAGGUUUUGUAUUGAUUUUCGUAAACUUAAUUCUGUGACUCAUAGAGAUGCUUACCCCCUCCCAAAUAUGACUGGUAUUUUAGACAGGCUUCGCGAUGCUAAAUAUAUAUCUACUAUUGAUCUGAAGAGUGGUUAUUGGCAAGUUCCGUUAGAUGAGGAGAGUAAAGAAUUGACUGCUUUCAUAGUGCCGGGCAGAGGUCUAUUUCAAUUUAAAGUGAUGCCUUUCGGCUUACACUCAGCUGGAGCUACCUUUCAACGUUUGCUAGAUCAGGUGAUAGGGCCUAAACUCGAACCAUAUGCGUUCGCGUACUUAGACGAUGUGGUGGUAUUAGGGGAGACUCUUGAAUCCCAUAGAGAACAUCUCGCAGAGGUUUUCCAGAGGUUGAGAGACGCAGGUCUAAUUAUAAAUAAAGAUAAGUGCAAUUUUCUGAAAUCUGAGCUGAAAUACUUAGGUCAUAUUGUGACAGAGCAAGGCCUCCGUACCGACCCGGAAACGAUUAGGGCUGUUAGAGAUUUCCCUACCCCGCAGCGUGUUAAAUCUCUCAGGAGCUUCCUAGGGUUAGCCUCCUGGUACCGUAGGUUCGUCCCUAAUUUUUCAGAGCUAGCAAAUCCGUUACAUCGUUUGUUAAAGUUGAAGGUGAAUUGGCAGUGGGGAGAAGAGGAGGAAACGGCAUUUCAGAAAAUCAAAGAUGCUUUAACCUGUGCCCCAGUAUUAACCUACCCUCAUUUUGAGUUGCCCUUUGUGAUUCAGACCGAUGCCUCCGACGAAGGGUUGGGAGCUGUCUUGACUCAGGAGAUUAAUGGUGAGGAGAAAGUUAUUGCUUAUGCGAGUAGGGGUUUAAGAGGUCCCGAAGUCCGAUAUACCACAACCGAGAAAGAGUGUCUAGCUGUGAUAUAUGCCCUGAGAAAAUUUAAGUCAUAUGUGGAAGGUUACGAAAUUACUGUGAUUACCGACCAUCAGUCCUUGAAGUGGUUGCAUGCCAUUCCCCAUCCCACUGGUCGUUUAGCACGAUGGGUAAUGGAAAUGCAACAAUAUAAUUUGAAAAUAAAAUAUAGGAAAGGGAAGUUCAACAUAGUCCCAGAUGUACUCUCACGCACCCCCUGUAAGGAGGAGCUCACUUCGGGAGAAACGAACUCCGAGGGUGGGGUGGCCCCUAUCGCUAUUGGUCGAGAGAACGACGAUAGCUGGGUAAAGAAAAUUAAAUCAUUACUGAUUGCAGACCCCGAGAAAUUCCCCGACUAUACAGUUAGAGAUGGGUUGUUGUAUAGACACAUUUGGCCUAGGAGGCGACUCCAGGAAGAGCAGAGUGCUGAGGGGUGGAAGCUUUGUGUCCCAGUGAGCUGUCGCUCUGAAGUUUUACAACAAAAUCAUAAUGCUCCUACCGCGGGUCACUUUGGCAUAUAUCGUACAUAUGACAAGAUAGCGCGCCUAUAUUAUUGGCCUGGAUUGUUUAAUGAUGUUGCCACCUAUGUACGGAGGUGUGAUGACUGCAUUAAGAUUAAGGUAGAACAGAGGACCCCAUAUGGUCGCAUGAAAAAUCCCCGUAAAUUGUUUCACCCUUGGGAGACUGUCAGUACUGACUUAGUCGGCCCGUUACCCCGUUCCAAGUUAGGACACCGUUACAUAGUCGUGUUUCAAGAUCAGUUCACUAAGUGGACGGAAGUGGCCGCCCUAUCUAAGGCAGAUAGCGCAGGAGUCACGAAAGCUUUCCGUGAACUGAUUGUCACACGGUAUGGAGCACCUAGGUCGCUCAUUUGUGACAAUGGAACCCAAUACACUAGCAAGUAUUUUCGCUCGUAUUGUGAGGAUAAUGGCGUGAAUGUGUUUUUCACCCCCCCAUAUUCUCCUAGUUGUAAUCCUACUGAAAGAGUAAACCGUGUACUCAAAACUAUGAUACAAAUCUUUGUAGGAGAGAACCACUCGGAUUGGGACCGAUAUUUAAGAGAAUUUUGUUUUGCGAUGAAUACAACUAUUCAUCAAGGUACCCAAUAUACUCCAGCUUAUCUCAACUUCGGUAGGGAAUUGAGGGCUCCAGGUGAGUCCGCAUUCGAGUCUCAAGACGAUCCACGUACGCAGGGUUUUGAAAGUAGUCAGGCCACGCUACAGAAAAAUAUUAAGGUAUUAAUUCAAACCAGGAAAAUUGUAGUGGAUAAUUUGGAUAAAGCAUAUAGGGAUGCUAGCCGUUAUUAUAAUCUUCGGAGGCGAGAUGUUAAGUUAUCCCCAGGUCAGUUGAUAUAUAAGAGAGAACAUUAUUUAUCUUCGGGAGUUGACCAGUUCGCCGCGAAACUUGCCCCAAAGUUCUCAGGCCCCUGGAAGGUAGUUGAGAUAUUGAGUCCUACAGUAGUGAAGGUUAAAGUAGCAGAGAAUAAAUUAGUGACUGUUCAUGUGAAAGACAUUAAGUUGUUGCCCCCAUGUGUAGAGGAGGCGGAGGAGGAAUCUAGCUCCGAAGAACAGGCGAACGCAAAUUGCGUUGGUGGAGUGAAGUGCGGGUUGCCUAUGCUAGCCUUAGACGGCGCAAGGUACGGGAGAAGCACUUUAUUCAACUAG